AUGUCGCUCACCAACGCCUCCCCCGAGGCCGCCGCCCGGUCCGCCAAGGACGCCUCCUUCACGCUCGCCGCGCUGCCCGCCGCCGCCCGCAACGCCGCGCUCGACCUCAUCCACGCCGCGCUCGACGCCAACCGGGAGACGAUCCUGGCCGCCAACGCGCGCGACCUCGAACUAGCCCGCGCAGCGGCCGCCGACGGCUCGCUCAGCGCCGCGCUCGUCAGCCGUCUCGACCUCGGCAAGCCGGGCAAGUGGGAGGACAUGCUCAAGGGCAUCCUCGACGUGCGCAACCUCCCGGACCCGAUUGGCAACAUCUCGAUGCGCACCAAGCUCGACGACGACCUCGUCAUGGAGCGCGUGUCGUGCCCGAUUGGCGUGCUGCUCAUCAUCUUUGAGGCGCGGCCCGAGGUCAUUGCCAACAUUGCCAGCCUGGCCAUCAAAUCCGGCAACGCUGCCAUUCUCAAGGGCGGCAAAGAAUCCACAGAGUCCUUCGUCGCCAUCUCCCAAGUCAUCUCCGCCGCGCUCGACCAGAGCAGCGUGCCCAACGGCGCCGUGCAGCUCGUCACCACGCGCGACGCCAUCGCCAGCCUGCUCGCGCAGGACCGGUGCAUCGACCUCGUCAUCCCGCGCGGCUCCAACGAGCUGGUGCGGUACAUCAAGGCGUCGACCAAGAUCCCCGUGCUGGGGCACGCCGACGGGCUGUGCACCAUCUACCUCACCGCCAGCGCCGACGCCGCCCGCGCCGCCGUCGCCGUCGUCGACGCCAAGACGAGCUACCCGGCCGCCUGCAACAGCGUCGAGACGCUGCUGGUGCACGACGCCGCGCUCACCACGACGUUUCCCGCCGUCGCCGCCGCGCUCGUCGCCCGCGGCGUGGAGCUGCGCUGCGACGCCGCCACAAAGGCCGCCGCCGUCGCGAGCGUGGUGCUGCCGUCGGGCGGCGGGGACCAGGCUGCCGCCGGCAAGAUCGUCGACGCUGUUGCGGCCGACUACGACACGGAGCACCUCGCGCUGACGCUGGCCGUCAAGACGGUGGCGUCGCUCGCCGAGGCCGUCGCGCACAUCAACGCGCACGGCUCCGGCCACACCGAGUCCAUCAUGACGGCCGACCGCGACGAGGCCGAGCGCUUCAUGGACCAGGUCGACUCGGCCGGCGCGUACUGGAACGCGUCCACGCGGCUGGCCGACGGCAUGCGCUACGGCUUCGGCACCGAGGUCGGCAUCAGCACCAACAAGAUUCACGCCCGCGGACCCGUCGGCCUCGAGGGCCUGACCAUUUACAAGUACAAGAUUCGCGGCAACUACCAGCCGACGGCCGCGUACGGCGACGGCGAGGGCCAGAAGCCGUUCAAGCACGAAAAGUUGGCCUUGUAG